AUGGCUCCGAAAAGAAAAAAGCCUGCGGGUAGAACUGAUGGUGAAAAUGAGGGAGAAGAAGUGGUAGCUCAAUUAGCAAGGAGUAAUGUUGGACGCAAGCACGGGCGGGUGAAUCAGGAUCCUAUUGGUAGCAGUGGGCCACCACCGAGGAACAGGGCAUCACCUUCAAGACUUUUUGACCUAAACAGUGGCCUCGAUGAUACACAAAAGGAUGCCAUUGAAGAAGAAGAAGAGGAAGGGAAAGAUGAGGACAGUCCUGAAGAGGAGAGUUUGGAUCAGGACGGGGACAGCAAUGAUGACGACGAUGAUGAUUAUGACUAUGAUGAUGAUGUUCCGUCAUACAGCAGCCCGCCACCAGCCACAGAAGCUGGUGAUGAUGAUUCACAGCACAUGGACACUAACUCACAGUCGCCCCUUGCUGGUGAAGAUGGUGGAGAUGAGGACGAUGAGGAUGAUGUUGAAGAGGAAGAGGAGGACAGGGAGGAGGAUGAUGAAGAGGAACGGGACGAUGAAGAGGACAAAGAGAAGGAGAGAAAUGUGGAAGAGGGCAAUGAUAAAGACAAUAAACCAGAAAAGAAAGAGGGGAAAUCGGAGGAGAAAUAG